AUUUUUACUCAAUUCAAUUGUUUUAUCGCCAUCACCAUUACCCGUCCAAGCAAAAGAAAGCAGCAACUUAAAGUUGCUAGAGCCAAGAAGCAUGCAUAUGUCAUAAAGGAGUUAGAUUAUGAAAACCUGAAUGACCAUAUUUGGUCAGACAAGGACAUUGAUGAGAGAGCUUCUGAUUACUUUGCUGUGUUAUUAACAGCUGAAUUAAAGAAGGCCGCACAAAAUACUCAAUCUAUCACUGCCUACUUUGCCUCUACUUUGAUGCAUUCUAAUGUUGCCUCUGCUUCAACGUCCACUUGCGAAUUAUCAACAGAAUUAUUUGCAUCAAUGGAAGUUGAACCAAUGGAAGUGGAACCGGAACCAAUGGAAAUGGAAUUAACAGAGGUGAGAUCAAUGGAUGUAGAAUCAGCAGAAUUGGGGUUAACAGAGGUGGAAUCAGAUGUAUCAGUGAAAAUUGAUGAGAAAACAAAAAUGAGGCUAGCAAUUGAGGAAUUAGAUGGGAUGUUAAAAAAGGAUAACAAUCAAAUGGAUAAAGGUGUAAGGGUUCGUUUGCAAGCAUCAUUGCAAUAUUUACGAUUAAAAUACUACCACGGUCAGAACAAAAUAAAUGCAAGCACGACAAUUGCUAGUUCAUUAGGGUGGGAGAUUAUAAG